AUGCCUAGCACCACCCUCGCACCGUCCAUCUGCGCCACCACCAACGCCUCCUCUGUAGCUGAUUCUGACACCGCCGACUUCACGUGCCCACACUGUCCACGCACACUCACCUCACGCAUCGGCCUGGUCGGUCACUUGCGAAUCCAUCCCAUAGAGACUGGCGAACCAGUGCCUGGAGCACCAACCUAUACCCACCACGCUCGACUAAACUGCACACACUGCCCUCGCACCUUCAGGCAUCGCAUGGGCCUAUUCGGCCACAUGCGCAUCCACGACGACCUGCGGUAGACAACCGCCGGUUACACCACACAUCCACACACUCUCUACCCUCCUCCACCAUCACCAACACACAUCAACACUCACCCACCGCAUGCACCCAACUGCCACCUUCCACGCAAGUGGGAAAUGUGCAUCUCGACUCGGUCCCCAUGCGGCUUCUGCUGCACGGGUGAUUUGAGUCCGAGACUAUCCCGACACGUCAAGUGUCGUGGAUAGGAAGGUUGCUGAUUGACGCCCGCUCUCGGUUCACGCAGUUCGUCGCGUUGUGCGUGUGUGCUGUGUGGAGUGGCGGACUGGUGGGCUGGGAACGGGCUGAAGCAGCACCUUCCACGGCCCUCUCACGCAAGUGAGAGACAGGCCGUUCAACCCCCGUUGUGUGAAAUCCUGGUGUUUGUGUGUGUAUGGGGGGCCAGGUCGUGCUGCGGCGCGCGCAGUCACGGUCAGUCGACCGUGGCAGCCACCGCGCCCAUCUACCACUCCAGUUUGCCGACCGGCUCGGACGGCGGCUGGAGUGUGGGAAUGGGAAGGGAGAGUGAGGUCGACGACUCAGCGCACUUUUUCCUCACUAUAAUCAAUCUGACGCGCUUGAAGCUAUCACGGUGCGCUAAAAGCCGUGGCUUGGAAGGUUGCCAACUGACGGGGUAACUUGGACCUCCUCCUUCACUGGUGGUGGUCGGAGAGUCAGGCUGCAAUUGCUUCUUCUUAAUGUGGCAUUUAUGGCACCCCCACCACAGUGUGGGAUCCGAGCCAGGCGUUGGCGGCACGCCCAGGUGCGGCUUCGGCCGUGCCAGCCUCCAAAUCGCUGUUGUGUUGGUUGAAAUCCUGGUUGUUUGUUGUGUGGACCAGGGGUGUGGUGGAACGCCAAGGUGUCCGAGCCAUCCACCUGCGGCCUCCCUCGUCUCCGGUCUUCUUGACUCUGUCUUGACACCGGGCUCGGGCGAGGGAGGUUGAGAGAGUGUAGGUAGAUGCAGCGCAAGUCUACUGGCACUAUAAACCCCUGCGCAAGUCACCGUCCAUGCUUCGACCUCUGCUGUGGGACAUACGGUGGACAUCAUCGAAAUCGAUGGUCGAACUGUCAGAUAUAAGCGAUGUAACCUAAAAUUUUUGUGGGUUCGAAGACUAGAAGCAGGCCUCUGUCUCCUCUUUCGCAUUAUUUAUAUUUUAAAUCUUCCUCGGAUUUCUGCACUUACCCUUAGUAGUCGCCCAUACAAUCUUCGCAAUUCUCCCCUGAUUAUACCUCCUCCCGCUUCCUCCACCUCUAAGGGUUCUCUUUUUUUGCUUCCAGGUAUAAUUUCCUCCGGAAUAACCUUCCAAUAAAUACAAGAUCUUCAGAUAAUCUGUAUACUUUUAAGCGAUGGCUGCGCCUUUAUCUAAUUAAUGACUCGGUUAAACUUUUAUUUCCCUCAUCCUUCCUGGAAAACUUACUCUAUGACAUCGAGAAAGGGCCAACGGGAAUUUCGAACGCCGCCAUUAAAUUUCCGUAUCAGUCCGCAUUUUCUUGUUUGUGUGUAGGAUUGCUUCCUAGGAUCCCUUAUCAGAAAUGUUAAUUUUUUUCGAUUGUUCUGUUCAUGCAUGGUGUCCUUCCUCUUUACGCCUAUAUCUCGCGAGCCUCAUUUUCGAAGCUAAUUGAAAUAUUUCAAUGAUUGGAAGGUGAACUGCUAAUGAGCUCACGGAAGGACCUUUUAACUACUUCCGUAGCUUUUUAAGUCUGUUUUUAAGAAAGUGUGCGAUAGCGGGGGGAGUGGCAUUUAAACGUCAUAUGUGGAAAAAGAAUGGACGUCAAAGGCGUCAGUGUCUCUAUUGCGGUCGGACAUAAUAACCCUUAAAUAUGUGCCAAUGCAAUGAAAAAAUGCUGAAGUCAUUGGACACGUAGUUUAGUUAAUAACUAGAAUUAACAGAUAUCCCAAAAAACAUACAUCGUUUUUAGCGGGAGUGGUGCUUCGUUUUAAAUGGGGAGAAUGAGAGGAGGACCACAAGAAUAAGUGCAACUUGGGGACUUUCAAAAACUACUUGGAAGUGAGAUCUUAUACAACCUCGCAUCACCUUAGAAAAUAAGGCCACUUUGGAUAACACCCGAAAGUUUAGCUAUGUCCCUGUCGGUGCGAUUGUCGCAUUGGUGAAUCUAAGAGGGGGGAGGAUGGGGCUAGAUAAUCAAAUUAUGAAAAAUAUUGCGCUUAUCUCAAAAAUAUUCAGAUAUAGAAAUGCGAUGCCUUGGCCAUCAGUACAAAGCUAUAGGCAAAUCAGAAUACAAGUUUGCCCGGGUCGAAACUUGCUGGUUUGAAUCACUUUUAGCGUAUCCAUGCAGGAGUACUGACUGGCUCAGUUUUACAGUGAAAAGUCAAAACGCAAGUACGCCAUAAACAUAGAAUUACAAGUUUCAACCUGCCCAACACAACAACGGUUGGGUGUACCCUUUAUGUUGAUGAGCAACUUAAUAUAACCAAUGAAUAAGCAACAGCUGUAUGUAAUCUGCAGGCAUUUUUACAGUUCUUCCAGCGUUUAUGCAACCUCUUUUUCGUUCUAUUGGCUUUUUAUGGGCACGUUUCUUUACUCUGCUCUGAAACACUAUUUAUUGCUAUUCCUGCACCGAUGACAUGCCAUUGUUUUCGGCCACUGUCGUUUGUCCUAUUGGAGUUGCCCUGUUCUUAACUAUUACUUUCCAUAGUUGCUUCUGCACUUCGAUAUUAUACCUCUGAAUAUUUCGACCAAAAGGAAACAAUCUACUUAAUGACUUUUGUUGCCAGGUAAAUCAUGAGCUUACGGCUGCAGCAAACUUAUGUAAACCUUACUUGGAGAACUGAUCAUCUAAUUGGUCCUUUUCUCUUCGGCUGCUUGGUGUGCGGUUUCGUGGCUACGCGUGUGCGGGGAUGGCGUUGAGCGGAGCAUUCCGGAGCUUUCUUGUCUACAAUAGUCCAAGAGUCAUGGUAAUUGACUUUCUUCAUUAUGGUUUCAGGUCCGUGCCCGAUAUUCGUCGGGAAAUAGCUUUGUACAAAAUUUGCUGCGCAAAAUUAAGGAAGAAUCUGCAAAAGACAGGCAAAUGAAGGUUUUUUGAAGUACAUACGUUAAAGGUAGUCUAGGAAAGCGUCCGAAAGUUUCGCGAAGAAACCGAAAAACUUGAAAAGUCCAAAGAAAUACAGUCAAUGCGGGAGUUUUAUGUAUUUUUCGGUGUCCCUCUAUAACGGAUUUAGAAAAAAAUUGAAAGUGAAAUUCCGACUGAUACGGUGGACAAGCUCAGGAGCCAAAUCAGUUCCGUCGCAGAGAAAAUAAAACAAGAGGGUGCAAAUAUAGCUCAGCAUGAGUACGUUAAGAAGGGUGUGGAGGGUCUUUCUAAGGCCGGCGAGCAGCUUAAAGAUGCAUCUCGCUCCAUCGGCGAUACGGAGUUCGUGAAGUCAGCACGCGAGGUAAGCUGGCCAAACAUCCUCGACGGUUUUAGAGUAUAUCCGCUAUAGAAAAGGAGCUGCAGUCGGAUAGAGCGCUUGUGUACAGGGCACCUGGUUAGUUUCCUUUCUCGCGAUGUGACCAGUUCAUAUGCUAUGCAACGAUGUUUUGCCUAGUUUCUUUGAAUGAUAUUUGUUAAAAUCUUCUCCCAACGCCGCGACGACUUUCUUGAGUCUUUUUAAGAUAAACCGAGAACCCGCAAAGAGCUUUCUGGGAAUCUCAAGGAGCGGAUCGUCGAAGCUGAUACGUAAGUUCCCUUUGCAUUUUUGUCACCUGUGGCACGUCAUUGUCGUAACUGAACGUUCUUGUCAUCAGCCUUGUAAAUCUCCUCGAAGUCACCCAGUGUGGGCCGUUGAUAAUCCACUUUACAGAUACUUCCGUUUGCUUAUUCUCUUGGAAUUGUACUCAGUCGGUCCACUCACAACACCAAGUUGUUGGGUUCGCACUUGUUACUGAUAAGCUUCGUACACUAGACCAAGAAAACUUACUCUGCCGGUCUUCUGCACGUUUUUAUGUAGAAUUAUGGAUUUAGUCGAUGUUUUGACUUGGAACCAAGAUGUAGGUGCUCGGGUUUCAGUACGGCACACUUUAUGAACUAGACUAACGACUUGGUGGUCUAUGCUUUUUCGCACAACUGAUUCCCUGCUACGCCAGGCCUCCCAUUCCGUGCUAACCUGGUCUCUUGAUCAGUAGGCCCCAGUUUCGGUGAACAGACUAACAAACUGUUUAAUACUAAUAGUCUUUACACUCUUCAGGACAGGUCUUCAAGUGUACAAAGACGCCAGCUCUUUCUGCAAAACAUUUGUAACCGUACCCGUACCGUAUUAAUUCUAGAUUUGAAUGAUUACGUUCGACCAACUGGGCGUCGUUUUAAGGUCUUAGGUACAAAAAGCUUGACGCUGACUGCCCUCCUAUUAUCGUUGCCCAUGUUGAAAACUCGAGACCCCCGCUUACACCAUUUUCCGUUUUGUUCAACAUCGUUAUCUACAUAAACGGAGUUAUGACUUCUGUCUCGACAAAGACGUCUUCAUUUGGCAGGCAUAGCGCAAUAGCGUCGUGCAUAAUGCAUUUUAAAAGUUUGUAGCCCAUCAAGCGCGGCGCUCCCCAUGGCCUCCACUGUUCCUUUCGCCGCAGUUUGUGACGUUCCGAUCAGUUUGUUGAAAAUAGCCGGACCUAUGUAUUUGGGAAGAUGACAAUCUCUGGAAAAUUCAAACUAUCAUGCUAGCUAAACGUUUCGUUUACUCCUGGUGACUGGCUCCCAUCAGAAUUUUAAGAUUUAGGUAAAUAAAUUAUUGCCCUGAAAAGUCUCCCUGUGCGACUGCCUGUGAGGACUCGAGAUUCGACUCCAAAAUGCACCAAGGCGAGCGUGUUCCGUAACUAGAUCGUUGAGCACCCUCCCAACGUAGUUGGUGUUCCCGUUCACAACUGACAGGAGCGUUAAAUUACUCAACGCUCGGCAAAUAAAGUAUCGGACUCGGAAUCGCAAGUCAUUUAGCUGUACAACGAGGUUGCGGAUUUCAGCUCAUCCCCAGUGUUAUUAACUGUUUGUAGACAGACUACAGUAUAACGUGUGUAAUAUAAUAGUAUGUGGUCGUUUCACUGUAAUGGAUUAAAUUCCGCUCAAGUAUGCAUAUUAACCGUCCGGGCAAAGUCGAAAACGCAUGACCCAAGUGCUUCAUUAAAAAUUGUGCAGUAAUAUCUGACGAGAUCAAAAGAAUCAACACUAGAAAACGGGAGUAUUUAUAUGCUAGAGACCACAUGGAGAAACCAGGCGCCCAUGGACUGGACGAACUUUUCACAACUACACCAUACAACUAUAGAAAAUCGGUAGAACAGGCUCCUGAGCUUUCCGGUAUUGCCUGUACAGGGGUAGUGCUAAUUGGUCUCCAAAUAAACACUACUUGACAGAAUAUCCACGAUUAUGAUGCAUGCAAUGUUUGGAAAAAUGUCCAUUAACAAGGUAGCAUUCUACCGCGUACUAAUUGUCUUGGAAUUAUCUAUUGUAAUUAGCAUUAUAGCUGCACCUAAGGAAUUUAUUUCUGUUCGAAAGUAUAUCUAAGUAUUUGGGCGGAUUCUUUGUCAGUUUGGGCGCAUACUACAGGUUCGUCGAUGUGUAACACUGACACUUAUGAAAUUUGCCCAGUAGAUGAUGGAAUGUCUCGAGUUAUAGACCUGUACGUUGCACUCUUAAUUGCCGUUUAUGGUGUUUUUUCGUAUUAUAGAGAAUCAUCUGGAGUAGUCUUGCACAAGGAUUCCAAGUGGCUUUCUGCGUGGGACGACUUUAAAGACAACAAUCAAUAUGUUCAAAGUAUGUCAUCAAACAACUUACUAUUCGAUUUUUUAUGUAUUUUACCGAGCUUAUUUUAACUGUACUUGUGGCUAAAAGUCGUCCUUUAAUUUAGAGUGAAUUUAAAUCCCUUUUACUAAUGAUACUUCCCCCGUUGUAAUCUAAACAGGUUUUGACGUAAUUUACUCCGGAAUUUGCAUCGCUCUGACUUAUUCGAUUUGUACAUUGUUUGUUUCCCCUUUUCGGCAUUUUAAAUUAGAUUUGGGAUAAAAUCUCUGUAGAUCUUUUUUAUUUGUUGAAUCGACUAAUUGCUGGUUCAAUGGUCGGAUCCACGUUUUGUUUAGAAUGCUUAAUGUGUGUUUGCAACCCAUUUCAGUACCCGUUUUUCCCCAAUCAUUCGGACAAGGUUUUCUUUUUUGAUUCGACGCAUUAGAGCUAAUUAAAAAUUCAGUUUGAAUAUUAGACUUUUUAUAACGUUUCUGUAGUCUUCUGAGCACCUGUGUAUUCAGUCGGGCGCUUGGAGACCAUCGCUAACCAGAGCGAGUUCCAGUAAGGUAAGAUCGCUGAUCAUUUUCGUUUUCGGGUCUGUUGGUUCUUCAUUCAUCGAGCCGUAUAGUCAUGUUCCUAAUCGGCUGCGUUUUUGCUUGUUGGAAACGCAGUCGGACGGGCAUAUUCGGAAAAUUCUGCACUGGCCCAGUCGAUCAAAUACUUCCAGGCGACAUAUAUCCCCCGAGUUUUCGGGACAUAAUUCAUAUUCGUUUAAAAGGAUUGUAUCGAUGAAGGCCCAUCUCACUCCGUGUGCCCUUCUGCUUCACUGGUUUCUGUUGGGUUGGAUAAAGACGGCGUGUUUCCUGUUGCCCCGAUGCCCAUUUUAUCCUAGCAGUUUGGUGGGAGGCUUGGUCGAAGACGACGGCUUUCAAAGCCCUGUUUGUCAUAACCGAGGCUCGGCGCAAUAUUCGUCUAAGUGACCUUAUUUCCAGGCUUGCCGGCUGCUUACUCGCCUGUCUGCGGCACGGUGUUUGAUGAUGGCAAAGAUCGUGUAAACACCGCGGCGUCGUCAGUCCCAAAAAUCGUAGCUACGGGACAGUAAGCAACGUUGACUUGAAGGUGGUCAGUCAGCGCCCAACGCAUUGCGCAAUGGUAUCGACGAAAAGACGAAAAGUAAUCAGAAAUCUCCAGCGUUUAGUCAUGCACUUGCCCCGUUUGUACCGUAGAGGUUUCGGAUUAAACCAACUUCGACGUGUGCCACUACUGACCACAAGGAACCCGAUGAACGACACCGAAUGUUGCGGCAAAAUCUACAAAACAUGUGCUAGUGCGUCCCUGGUAACAGGGGCAGUGUUCUAGAUGUAGGUGAAUCCACAAAUGGUGAUUUGCACAUCCACGCCCUGCGCAGAUUCUGUUACCCUAAGUCGCGAGGAUGACCGGAAAUGACGAAAGCAUUGGAAGGUCUGAUGCUGUCACGUUCUUUCGUGCUGGUCCCUGACCCUUUUUUAAAAAUUCUCUUAUCAACUUCGUCUUCAAAAUUGGGGUCCAACAUCUUGUAGGCGGUGAACUAGUACCGUCACAAACUUUAAAUAUACGUGACAAGACAGUCCCCACUAGGCGCUUUGUUCGUUGGUUUUUGCACGCCUCAAUUCGCACUUGCAGUUAUACCCUGCUGCUGAGAUGUCUUCAGAUUGCUUAUUCACCGAAGUGGCGAAUGACCCCGUCAGUCGGAAGGCCUUGGCUAAUAGUGUCGCUAUAUGUAACUCUGGUUUGUCCUGUUGUUUGGAACGGGCGGAAUGUUGGACUCGCCCGUCUUCAACACUCAGAUCUGUCACCCGAUAAUUGCUGAAACGCAUUUGUGGUUUUGGUAGUUUGCUCCAGCACUCGUUCAUUUGUGCCAUGCAGAGCAAUGGGCCACGCCCGUUUUCUCACCACGUGGUGGUAGAGAGCUCGCCUGUAUUCGCCUCACAGUCUCCUACAUGUGCACAGACGCUCAGCGUUGGGACAUGCAUCGUGGUUACCAUGAUUUUGGCAGCAUGAAUUGGAGGGCAUACAGAUGUGAUCUUCGGCGAUUACUUACCAUCGCCCAAGUGACUUUUGCGUCAUGCCGAUCAAAUGUGUCACUGAGACCCCUGCUGCAGAAGUAAGAGAGUAUUUCUCUUUCGGCGCCCUGGUAGUGGUCUCAUCCUUUCCCGGCAAGCGCACUGCCUGUAACCACAUUUACCAGAGCUGUCAAUUGACAUCGCUGUGGCCGAGGUCAAGAAUUGCUCGUUACAGUUAGCCAUCUGGCAAACGGACUGUACGAAUGGCGUUUACAAUUUACUGUCCCGCUGAUCGCAUCUGUAAACUCAACUGAAGGCGUAAUAGUAACAUUCACAUGCCAACAGGGAAGGCACCGUUUCUUCUUAUCCGAACGGGCAAUGUGGCUGAGUUCCUGGGUUCUCCUGUUCCUGCGGAUGCUGCAGGAUCCGCUGUCCGACGACUUACCUGGUCAUGUAACUUUGGGCGGGACUUAUUUAAAGUGUGGUCCUCCACUCUUUAGGUCGAUAUUUGCAUGGUUAUCCUGCCGUCAUCAAACAUUGUGCGAAGCAGUUACUGUGCUGACCGAGCCCUUCAAACCGUGAUAGCCAAUACACAUUUCACUAUCCGUCAACAUCUGCUGCCUCAUUCUAAACAGGCAUUUCUGAAGGCUUUAUUAUCUGCUACCCGUAGACACAUUCAGUAGCCAGAAGCUGAAAAAAUAGUACCACUCCGUUUGGCAGUUCUUUGCGACUAUGAGGUGUCAGUCCAUUACCAUUCGGGUCAAUAAUCGACGGGUUUGUCCGCCGUCUAUUUACCAGUGUAGGGAGUUACUGCGUUUGGGCUCGGCGUAAUAAAGACAGCGACUGGAAAAACUAGCUUCGGUUUACUUGCCAUCGUCAGCCGUUUAUCUCAUACCGGAAUGCAGUCCGACGUUCAACCACUAAGCCAUGAUCGCGUCCUGCCGACGAUGGUUGGGAAGCCUCAGGAUUACUUAGAGAUAUAAUACGGGCGUUUCUGUCUUGUCCUAAAUAAAGGUAAACUAUUAUCCGAUUUCUGGUAUGGCUGCCUGGCGAUGUCUAGGUCAGAAGUGGAAAUGUCUGUCACCCUAGUUCUUGACCAUAGCAUGGGCUUCAGUGAAAACUGAGAACGCCGUCUUAGUUGCCACCUAUAAUCCUUCGUUCUCUUCUCCCGGAUGACCUCAAUGCAUAUACUAAUACAGCGUUUUCAGCACUCUGUAAGGUAUUUUAAAUACGUACGUGCUAAACUGCCGGUGUGUUAACAAAUUGACAUCUGGAGAUGGAGUGGUUUAGAACCAGGGAAUUACUCUUGAACUCUCGUCAAUGAAUAUCUUCAAGUUGCACCGCCUGAUACUAUGCGGUGUGAUCAAACCUUACCCUGUAAGGAAGCGCUUCCUAAGCUUCCUUUUGCCCAUGCCGGGCAAGAAUGGUUAGCGCAAGAAAUGAAACAGCCGGCCAACUUGACGCCCGAUUUGCGUACGGAUACCGAAUACCUCACUAAGUCUCCUCAGGCAACAAAUUAUUAGCCCGUACUUUUCGUUCUCGCGAGCGCUCCUGUGUUUCGGUCCACAAAACUGUCGAAUAGAUUAUCAAGUAAGUUAUUUUUAUAUCCGAACGGACUUUUUAUCGUUUUUGCCUUGUGUUUUGUCAUCAACAGUUGUCAGUGUAAGCGCAAGACGGGACAAGAUUAGUUAUUUUAAUCCAAUCUUUCGCUCACACAUGGCUUGUGACGUUGGAUCACUCACGCAAGCUAUUUGUGUUCACUUCCUUUUUUAAGGGUGACUACCCAUAAUUUCCCCAGUCACCCUGGAUUAUCACGGAUCCUUAACUUGUGUCUGUCUUGGCAGUUUCCUCCAUUCCCCUACCGAUUUGCUGUUUCUGACAAACGCUUCCUCAAUUUGUGUCUUCAAUUGUAGAGUUCUUUGACCUGAAAACUCGCUACGAAGAAAGUGACCAUCUUUUAGUUCGCUCUUUCCGCUUCGUGACUGACAAAAUUUCGGACCUUUUCGGUAAUUGUCAUUCCGCAUUAAAUGCCCACAAAGUUUAAUUUACUUACGGUCGUCCAUCUUGUUUCGGUUGAGUUUAGAGAACCACUACGGUACGGGCUCCUUUCGCAGUCCAUUGUUACUAUCGCUUGUUGUACUCUCUUUAGGCGGCAAGAGCACAUCCAACGAGCUUCAGACUGUGCUUGAUGAAAUAACAAAAAUCGACGGUACUUUUACUCUGGAAAAGUUCAUUCGAUACUGUCGAAUGGAAGUCAUCCCCAACGUUUUAGAGGUGAGUUUUGGAUCCAUUUUAAUAAUUCUGCGCAUGUCGGCCUUAGAGUGAAAUUCAGGUGGACGGGUGUCCACAUUGAUGUACCGCUAAUUAUGACUAUGCGGUUGGAAACCCGACCAACUGAACUCUUAUGUCUACGUCUGCUGUCCGUGUAGCUUUGUCGACAUUCCCUACGUGAUUCAAGAGGCCAACAUGGACAACAGGUGUUGUCUGACAAUGGUGGCCGGUUUCAGUUGAAAUGUUCCUCCCAUUAACAUUUGCGGACUAUCUCAGGGGUCUAGCGCCUUUCAAAAUAUCUUGAUCUUCUUUGCCUUGAUAGGCGGGUAGGUUUUCUCAGACCAAAAAGCAGGGUUAUCUUGCGACUCAUAAGAAAUGGAAGAUGACUCAAUUCUCAUCGUGACUGAUUUGCCAUGUUAGCAGCACAGGCGCCGGAGCCUGUUCUACUAGCUUUCUGCCGCUUCAUGACGCAGCUGUGUGGACUUCGUCUAUUCCGUGGGCACUCGGGUUUUUGCAUGUGAUCUCGUAUUUUGUGAAUUUUGAGUGAAGUUUUUGGGCCGUGUGUCUUUGAUUUUGUUCUCAAGGUUGGCAUGCCUAUUUACAGCAGAAUGACCCCAUACCACUUAUAAUCUGCUUAUGGACACUUAGUAACUAGAGGGAUAACAUGAAAAACGCUGGGGACGAGCCGAAAUUCGCAGCCACGUCUUGUACCGGCAGAAAAUUGGUGAUAAACGACUGGAUUUUUAGCUACUGGUUGUGCUGGGAGAGCAGCAAAUUAACCAUAGCGUCUACUUAUACAGCACUGAUCGUCCGUGUUCUCAAUAUUGCGCCGCUAUUACGCCGAAACCGUUAAAACUCGACAACCGUAAUUUUUAAUUUUCGGAUAGAUACUGAAAAGACUUGUCUCACGAAUGUCACUGCAAGUUCGCGCAGUAAUUUCUGACAAAAUCAGCUGGCUUAUUUGCACACAGGUCCGAUAAAACCGUCGUAGCCCAAAAUGUGGACUGCCUAUGGCCCUUUCGCUCAGCAAACGCAUCUACUUGCCGGAGUUUCCACGUUGUCCACGUUUUUCCAAAUUCUCGUAGACACUGCCAGUCGAAGAGUGGAUCCUGCCCGUAGGCCGUGUCAAAUCUGCGUAAACCAUGUUGGCGUCCUACUUUUUUGAAACUCGUCUUUGUAUUAUUAUAAAAGAUAGGUUAAGUAAAUAUUAGAUAGUGAAUUUAUAUCGGGUUCAUGAUUGCAACCGAACCCCUUCUCUGCAUGCUGUCCGUGAGAUGGAAUUUCGUCUUGCCUUAUCAUUUUCCAGAGAGCUCAAGUUGAAGGAACGUCUACUGUCCCGCUAUUUCGGCAGUGACCCAUUGAAAAUAAUAUGCAGAGGGCUAGAAAUGCAGCUGGCCAUUGGGAACAUCUAUUGCCCCAAGAACUUUUGAGGCCAUGAAUGAUGUGACAUCAAUGAGCCAACGCUUCGUCAUGCUAGAAAGUUAGUCUUGAUGACAUUGGGAGCAGAUUCCAUGGCAGUACUUCCACACAGCAUAAAUCAGUACUGUUUCUUCAAAGGGAGCCAGGUUAUUCCUCCCAGAACACGCACUUCUGAUUUGGCGUAACCUUCUUCAUUCGCCAUAUCCGAAUUCGCUUUGACAGCCAAAUCCGGACCCGUCUCUACCGACCGGUCGACAGUACGGCUCAUUGGUCCAAGUAACUGGUCAAUUAAGAAAAGGGAUGCGGUCCGAGGGCAGUGGUUUUGUCAGAUUCCACGCCGUUGUCUCGCGUCGUUCCGGCCUCUAAAUGACGCAUUCGACAUUCCGUUCCUUCACUUUGGUCGCUCUCGUCCCUAUCGCCUGCCAUGCAUUUUUCUUCCUACUGGAUAUUACGAGGACUUUGAAGGAAUAUUUGUAUGUUGGAGAGAAUAAAGCAUUGAUCGCUCGGCUUGUACUUGCAGUAAUCGAACGCUGUGUACCCAUUCGCCCAUAAUGCGGGGCAUAAAUGUACUUUUUAAAGUACAUUGGGCGCUCCAGGCAGACAAGUCUAUUUAUUGCCCUCACCGAGUUAUUGAGCCUAUUUCUGGCCAACUCCGUAUACGGAAGUUAAACGAGCCCACCUUCAAUACACAAAACGAUAUUACUGUCACCCUAAGAGUAAGUGACAUCAAAAAUCACUCCCUCAAAGACAUGCAUAUGUCUGUUCUGCAUUGUGAUCGACGAAUAACCUGUUACAAACAACGGUUGCUACGUCAGGUAACAUUGUAAGCACUGCUCCUUUUAGACCACGCUGCGCAUCCUCCUUCUUAAUACUUCAUGUGUUGCAUUGCCCUUUUUUCCUUCUUUAGUCGAUCAUCCACGGUAAUCUUGAGGUUCUCAAGGACUGGUGCUACGAAGCGGUAAGGUUUCUCUUUUCAUCCAAUUUAAAUUGGUUUUUCCGCUUUGCCUGUCAGUUUUGACGUUCAUUAUCCUUCUUUACGAGCAAGCGGGAAAAGAUGCGACGCUGGUCACGAUUUAGUGGAGGUCGGCGUAGUGUUUUUGCUUGGGAAUGGCCCUUGCCAUAGUUCCAUUCAAUUGGCUGAAUAUAAAUAUUAGCAAUAUCGCUUAUUUAAGUGCCAUUUUAAGGCUUCUCCUGUUUCCAGUUAGGAGAAGGAAGCCGGAGUUUGUUGGCACGUAAAUCCUGCUAAACGGAGUUUUCUUUUCUGAUAGGUUACAUUAAAUAUAUAGUUCUAUGGUUUGCAUGUAGUUAACUUUUCCGUCUGUAGUACUUAACCUUGCUAUGGUUUUGAGCCAAGUCUCAUCUGGAUAACCGUUCCACUUCCUAGGUGUUGCAUCUUAUCUCCGGGCUUUCAGUUAACCGCGCAACAAGUCCUGUACCUAAAUCCCGUGUUUAGCGGUGAGACCGACUCUCUUAGACGUUUCAGUCUAAAAACGACAGGCUGUUGCUAAAACAUGCAGGCAGUGUCCACUUGUACAGUAAACUUAUCCACCUAACUCUUGGGUCCCUACUUAAUGCCAUUGUCGAGUAACUUUCCAGCACUGUUUAUUGAGGACCACCGUCUUGUGAUUAGAUCAGAUCGUUCCUGACCUCUUCGGGUCUCAAGUUUGUAAGGCGGCUAUUUCACUUGGUGGAAUGCGGCUCCCGAGCGGGGGGUCUAAGCGGGAUACGUGCACCUGAUGUGAACUUCUUGCUCUAUCCUGCUGGCGCUUUGGUUAUUUUGGCUCGUUUUCCGUCGUCUGGUAGUAGACCGGAAAUGGACUAUUAACUCGACUACGUCUACGCGAUAUUAAUGUUUAGUUGCUAUUAACUGUCAUAAUUCUUGCCGGAACACAAAGCCGCUAAUAAUCCCCAGGUUUUGUCUAGACCCAUCGUUACUAUGGUUUGUUGCGGUUUGCAGCUGAGUUAUAUUAUUUGAUUGACCCAAUAUACAUGUUUCCUGCCGCUUCCUUCUUAUGGGCCUUGAUGCAUGCUAUUUUUUGUUCUUAAAACAGCCCUUCAAUGUGCUUUCCGCACCAAUAAAACAGGCUCUGGAGAUGGGCUAUAAGCUGGACUCACGAGUUCUUGAUGUCCACAACAUUGACGUAUGUUCUGUGCAUCUUGUUAUUACAUCUGAUUUUCUGCCUUUCCAUCUGACCUGAUAGAACAGGAGAGACGGCUUUAUUAGCCAUCAAGUUGAUUAUUUCAUUUGCCUACCUUACAUACUGUUAAUGCACGCUCAUGCUGAUGAAAACGGCGGCCUGUAGGCGGUGUUGCUGGAAGGAACCUUUGGUCGAACUGUACCAGUUAGGUCAAAAGAAGUGGAAAUAAAAAUUAAUUCAAUCAAACAUGUAUUUUGCCACUAGCUUUCCACACCUAUAAAACGCAAUGCGGAAAAUAAGCGUAAAUGGUGGCUACGGCUAAUGCAGCGAACCACCCGCUGGUUGUAAGUGAAUAGGGCUUUGGUCGGUGUUUUCGGUCCCACACUAUUGUUGUUUGGUACAAUGUUUCCACUAGUCGAUUUUAUACAGCUUAAACAAAGGCCAACUGAAGUAUUCAACUUGGGAGCUGGUGAGAUCGUUCCUGUCAGACGGGAAAUUUAUUUACAAACUAAGUUGCCAGCCAGCCAGCCACAUGUAUCAUGCCAGACGUUUCGUAGAUGCUUCAGUUCUGCCUUCAUAGGCUGACGCCAGGAUUCCCCAGACUCCGACUUCCACUUUAACUCUCAGUGCGCAAGCCUCUUCAGGUCUGCUUGACAGUAUAAUUUCCCAGUACGUCCAACACCUUCAUUCUGAUUUAAACUGUGAAUGUAGGGAGCGAGGAAAGUAUAGGCGCCCAUGUGCGACUUCACUCACCGCCAAGCCCGGAGCUAAACGGUCUGGUUUGCAUUGCAAAAGCUUUCGUGGGUUAAAUUUCGCUUUCAUCGUUCAUCUGUGGGCUGCUCGUCUCCUUCCGUUUUCAGGUUCAUAUGGGUAAGAUGAUGGACCAGGGCCCGGUGCUGAUCAUCACCUUCCAGGCGCAGCAGAUCUCUUGCGUCCGCGACUCCUUGGGUCAGGUGAAGGAGGGGGAUCCGGAAAAGGUGCUCCGCGUGACUCACGUAUGGGCGUUGUGUCGCGACCAAAACGAGAUGAACCCCUGGACAGCCUGGCGCGUUCUCGACAUUGCCAUGAUGCCUACAGAGCAGUGGCUCUAA